CGUUAGUGCACUGCGAUGCAAGCAUUAACAGUGCAAGCAUUAGCAGCGCAAGAUAGAAAGAUGAAAAUAACAGUGGUGUUCAUGGUCUUGGCCGUCGUGGUGUGCGCCACGGCCCAGGGAUACAGACCUUGGUCCAUCGGCUCAAAUGGUGUGUUAGGGCCAGGCAUCCCCAUUGCACCUAAUAAUCAGCGAAAGCAUCGAUCGGAAUUAAUACCAUUCCCAAUUCCAUCUGACUGGGGUUAUUUUGACUGGUUCGAACCGACCCGUGUCUCGAGUGACCGGAUCUCGAGUUGGUUACGGUUCCUAGACCGACCUAGGCCAACUCUUAACGGGCCCCCUAACGGUUCCCCUAACGGGUCUCCUAACAGACCUCCUAAUGGGCCCCCUAACGGGUCUCCUAACAGGCCCCCUAACGGGCCUCCUAACGGGCCCCCUAAUGGGCCCCCUAAUGGACCUCCUAAUAGGCCUCCUAAUAGGCCCAUCACAACAACAUCAUCCGGAAGUGCAGAUAUAAAUGCGUCAACAAUACCCGAAAGUGCAACAACAAUUGCAAAUGACGAGAUCCCGAGUACAACUGCAUCAGGAUAAGAAAUGCAAAAACUACCAAGGAAGGAAACGAUGACGAAAUAUUAAGAUUUUAUUGGAAAAAUAAUAUAAUAAUAUAUAAUGAUAUAAUAAUUAUUUGUGCACUUAAUAAAAUAAAUUAUCACUGGCAGUAGUACCUGAAUUGAAUAGCAAUAAAAAUAUAUAUUGAAUGCUUAAAUAUA